GGGGAGCCGGCCCCGGGAGUCUCGGAGUCUCCAGGCUUGGAGGCGGUGGGUGAUUAAGUUGGGGAACCUGCCGCCGCCUCCGUUGCCUUUUUCUUAGCGGCAGGCCGUCCCUGCGAGACUGUAGGGCCGAGGGUACUGCGCGCGCACCCCUCACCGGGCCGCCGACUCUUCAGUCCCCGGGAGCGUCGGGGAGCGUCGGGAGGCCGGUGCCUGCGGACGGGCUGCGGCGGGGCGGCCGCCGGGAAGCCAUGUCCAUGGAGGACCCCUUCUUUGUGGUGAAAGGGGAGGUGCAGAAAGCAGUAAAUACUGCUCAGGGGUUAUUCCAGAGAUGGACAGAACUCCUCCAGGAUCCUACUGCAGCAACAAGAGAAGAAGUUGAUUGGACCACUAAUGAGCUCAGAAAUAACUUGCGCAGCAUAGAAUGGGACCUAGAAGAUCUGGAUGAAACUAUCAGCAUAGUUGAAGCAAAUCCUCGAAAAUUCAACCUUGAUGCAACUGAACUGGGUGUAAGAAAAGCCUUCAUUACAAGUACACGGCAAGUUGUCAGGGAAAUGAAGGAUCAGAUGUCAAGUUCAUCAGUUCAGGCAUUAGCUGAAAGAAAAAAUAGACAGGCACUACUAGGGGAGAGUGGUGGUCAGAGUUGGAGUGCUGGUGCUGAUAAGUACGGACGCCUUGAUCGAGAGCUGCAGCGUGCUAACGCACACUUCAUUGAGGAGCAGCAGGCCCAACAACAGUUGAUUGUGGAGCAGCAGGACGAGCAGUUGGAGCUGGUCUCUGGCAGCAUCGGAGUGCUGAAGAACAUGUCACAGCGCAUUGGUGGGGAGCUGGAGGAACAGGCAGUAAUGUUAGACGACUUCUCUCACGAGUUGGACAGCACACAGUCUCGGCUGGACAAUGUCAUGAAGAAACUUGCAAAAGUGUCCCACAUGACCAGCGAUCGUCGACAGUGGUGUGCGAUCAUCGUUCUUUUUGGGAUCUUACUGGUAGUGCUCAUUCUUUUUCUGGUGCUGUGAUGGACAAGGCUUCUUUGGAUGCUGCUUAUUCCCCAUCAAGACAAUAUGAGGGGAGAAAGGGAACGUCAUCACAGUUAGUGUUGCCAUCCUUUUUAUUUUGCUCUGAAGAACUCAUGCCCCCAGACUUUGAUUUUCUCUGUAAACCAACACUCCAGGCAUCUGCUGCUGCAGUAUCUGCCUUACAAAGCCCUUGGAGGUAAAAUGGAAGCUGGACUCCCUUCCAGGUGUCGUGACUCCCAGCAGGUGUGUGUCGCCACUCCUGCUGUGCGCACAAUGAGCUGCUGUUUCUCUUUCCUCUCUCCAAAGGGCAGGAAUGGAUCAGCAGAUGCUGGUUAUAGUGCUUUUGAAAAAUCUUUCCACCUUUUUCUUGGGGGUCUUUUCUCCCUCCUAAGCUCCUUUCCCUUGAUCAAAUACCACCGUCUUAUCUAAAACAAACUGUUCUGGAAGCCAGGCUGCUGGGUGUACUUCACCUCCACCUUUGCUGGUCAUUAAGGAGGGCAGAAGACUCAGGAACUGUAUCCAACAAGAGUCAAUAUGGUGAUUCCUGGGCCACUAGACCCCAGGAGAGGGAGACAUGCUGGGAGUAAAUUUCCUGCCCCAAUCCUGUUUGAUUCAGUGCAAAUUGUGCUCACUGAAGGUGGAUGGAGCGUUUGGGCUAAAACAGACGGUAAGCUGGCCCUGAGUCUGCAAGGAAAGAGUCUGCCCAGCCAAGGACUGCACCCGUCAGGGGCUUCCUGUUCCCUGUACUAACCCAAGGCUUCACUUCGUGCUGUGCACGCCAUGCUCGUGAGGCGUUGCCUAAGUCUGACCCUGCAGAGCACUUCGCAGAAUCCUUGAAAAGGGUCGGGCAGACUGCCUAGCUAGAAGUCCUCUCAUUCCCACUCUAUACUGUUGGGGUCAGGCUUUUGUUUUUCCUUUGGGGGCUAAUGGUGGGGGGGAUCGCCUGUGUUUUAUUCAUUCCAAGAUUGAAAAUCAGCCAGCUAGACCUGCCCUGGCCGGACUUUUCUUACCCGUUUCUAAUAACUAGGGUGGCUGGGUGUUUGGGUUAUUUGUUUGCUUAAGAAAGUAAUUGAUUUUAUUACUCUCUUCCAUUUCAAUAACUGAGCCAAUUCCAAAUGAAACUGACAAAUGCUUUGUCAUACUUAGUUUAAGGUAAUUUUCAUGGAAACCCAGACUGCUGACAGACUAAACGUCAGGCUUUUUGAUUAUUCUUCAAAUGCCUCAAACACAUGCACAUGGAAAUAGGAUAUUUUUAUAACCUUCCCUAAUGAAUAAACUAUCUGAAAGUAGCCGUUUGUGACCCUGGGUUCUCAAAGGCCAUACCAGGAGAGCAUAAGCUAAGUUAGAGUAGGCUCCUUACUCAAGGUUGGCUCCCAUGUGAUCGUUACUUUGGCCACAGCCGCUCAUGAAGCUGUGCAUUUAGGUGCAGAUGAACCUUCUGCAUGGAGGGGGGUGGGGGGGGGGGGAAGGCUACACAGUGAUGGAUUUACAGGGUCAUUGAAGGAAAGGACGGUUCAGCAGAGGACAGGAGUAUACUACAAAGGCUGGGAGAGGACAGAGCAUUGACCAGAACCCAAUUGUUCUUGUCCUUUGGGUCCCUCAAUAUUCACCAGGUUCAUCCGUCGUAAUUAUGUGUUGGCCCAGGCUAAUUUUGAAUUGCAGUUUUUAAUACUGGAUAUUUGUAAUGCUUUCCAAAAAAGGAUACCAUCCCUUUUUUCCCCAGGAUCAUGGAAGAGUGAAUUUAUAAAGGGAUGCGUUUACACUCCUUAUUCUGCUGACUUUGAUACAUUAUAAAUGACCACUAUUGUUUUUUAAAUUAGCAAAAGAUCAUCCAUCAGGAAUGGCUUCACCUGUAAUCCACUCAAUUACUUUUAUAAAGUUCUAAGAAGACCAGUUCUGUGGUUGUCUUGAUAUAUAUAUGUAUAUCUUUGAGACAAGGAAGGUCCUCAAAGCAAUGAAAUCCAUCCUUCUUAGGUACGUUUGGCUAAGACGUGUCCCAGACAAGAACUGUUCAUCGCUUAGGUCCGCCUUGUAAAAGU